UUUUUUUAAGAACCUUGCAAUAAAAAGACAUGUAAAGCUGACGACCAAAACAUGUUUUUCCAAAGCGUCUCAGGAGAAGCCUGAAUCAGUUAAAGAUCAAGUCAUUGGUGAGAUGAGUCCAGCAGACCUAAAAAUAUUUCUGAAGAAAAAGUUGGAGGACAAAGGUUUGCCACUGAGUGUUUUGGAUGACCUGGAGCGAGAAUCAAUCUCUGGGGAGAUUUUCCUGGAUUUGUCUGAAGAAGCCCUCAAAGAAAUUUUGCCUUCGGCCAAUUUUGGAGUACGUCACACUUUGAUUACAAUCAUUCAAAGUGAAAAGAAAGUAGUUUUGGCUACGCCUGAGAAACCUGUUGUUCAAGAAUACUUCAGGUCAUUUGACAGCCCUGUGAAAAAGACUGACAAGUAUGUCAAGGGUCGCUGUGUGGAUAUUACAGUCAAUAGAAGGGGAAAGAAGCUGGAGUCAAUAAGAAAUUUCCAUCCACUACAAGACCAGAGUAAAGAUAAUGCUUUGGAAUAUAUUGGCUGUGAGGUUGUGCAGUUUGCAUCAGCUUGCUUAAAUGAGAGGAGGAAUGGAACCAUUUACUUUGGUAUAGCUUCUGAAGAGUGUGGGUACUGUCAAGCUGGAGAAAUCAUAGGCAUAAACCUACCGAAAGAAGAAGUAGAGGCUGAAAUUUCACAAUUUUUGGAAGAGUCGUUUCACAAAAACAUAAAAACAGUCAUUGAUAAUACAGUGAGGUCGGCCAAGUUUGUCCCUGUUAUAGACCCCAGGAAAGAAACAAAUGCUAACUUGUUUGUUAUUGAAAUUGAUGUUGUUCCCAGUCUAAGUGUUGUGGAGAGCAGCACCGUUUGGACAUAUCUAAAGUGGCUUUCAAAUGUGUUGAAGAAAAAGCAUAAAUGUAAAAUGAUACUGUUCAAGUUCAGUGAUGAAGGCUUUCCUGUAGUUGAGGACUCUGAUGAUUUGGAUGUCUAUCAUGAGCGUGAUCAGAAACGCUCAAUCAAUCAGCGCAAAAAAGAAGAAGAUUCAAAGUCUCCCAUUGACAUUCCUGAUCUCAAGAGGAAGCUGUUGAAUUUACUGACAGGUGGAGCCCCAAUGAUUGAAGACGAUGUUUUUCCCUUUCUUGUGACCAGUCCUCUUGAUGACCACAUGGAUAAGAAAUUUCUUGAUGCAAACACAGUGUUCAUCAAAGAUCUCCACCCUGAAAUUGUGCUUGACUUUGACCCAAAAGGGUCCUCAAAGGGCAUUUAUGCUAAUGUGAAUUCAGAGCAAGAUGGGCUCCUCAGAGUUUUAACAACGGACAAUUUUGAUGAGAACAAGUCCACCAAAGAAGAGAGGAAGACCUUGACUGAUAGUUUGUCGAAUGACAGGAAUAUAUCUUGGCUGUUUUGUGAUGGCUAUGAGGAGAUGGAUUUAAGGCAUAUGAGCCAGACGGAAUGGAACCGGGAAAGAAGACCAUCUUUCGUGGAAGCCCUUAGAUUUUAUAUAGACAGUUGUGGUGGCAAAGAUAGAAUCAUUGUUCUUUUUUGCCUGUUUUCAAAAAACUACGAGACUAUGCUCCAAGCAUGUGAUGAAGUACUUGGAAUGCUUCCUGACCAGUGGAUUAUGUUGGCAGAGAGUGAACAAAUUGCUUGUGAGUGGCAAGAUCAAAUUCUAUCAAGAAACAGAGUGGAGAGAAAGGACAUGAUAGAUCGCUGUGUAAUUGGAAUGCCUUGGCAGCAUGUCAAUGGUACAAUUCAGUCUGUGGUGAUACCGCCUGAUGCAAGCCAGUGCUCUUUGAUUUGUUCCACAGGUGCUCUUGUUGAAGUAAGAAAAAAAAAACUAAAUGACUGGUCUGAUCUUGAUGUUUUAUCAGCUUCUAAUCCAGACCUUGAUGAUGGAGACAGUGAUAAGAAGAAGAAAGAAAUGGAAGAGGGCUUUUACAAGGGUGAGCAGGUAGACUGGUUGAAUUUCUUCUUCAAUGAUCAAGUUUUGGAAAGAAGCAUUCAUCAUGAGUUGAUGAAAGUUGUGAAAGAAGCACUGGAAGGCAAAGGCAAAGAUGAGGAUCAGAAAGUAAAGACUGUUCUCUUAUUUCACCAGCCAGGUGCAGGGGGUACUACCUCCGCGAAGCAAGUGCUAUGGGAAUUGAGGGGAGAGUACCGCUGUUGUGUGGUGCGGCAAAUCACAGAUCAAACUUGUGAGCAGCUGGUUGAAGUCAGAUGUUAUGAAGAGCAGAACCCUAGAAAACCGCUCUUGGUUUUUAUGGACAAUGAAGAUGAAGAAAAGGCCAUGCAACUGAGAGGAGCUUUGGAAGGAAAGGCCCGAUUGAUUUCAAGGGAGACGGAUGACACUGUCCAUGUAUUCUGCACCUUGAUCAUGUGUAUGAGAAGGGCAACUUUACCAAAGCAGCUCACCUACAGGCAGAUAGCACUGCGUCAGGAACUAACCAGAUUAGAACUGGAAUGGUUCAGAAAAAAGAAUGAUUCUCUCACUUCACUGUACAACCAAGACAAAGCAAAUGUGAACCCAAAGUUUCUCAUAUCCUUCAAUAUCUUGAGGGAAAAUUUCAACCAGGACUAUGUCCGCAAAGUUGUCAAGGAGUUUUCUUGUGAUAUCACUGAUGAAAAAGAGGUCAAGUUGCUGAAGAUUGUAUCACUUUUAAAUGCAUAUGACCCAGAUUUCAAAGCUAUUCGAGUGUCAUGUCUGGACAGACUGCUGCAGAAACCAGUUCUAAGCCACAGAGAGUUCACGCAGCAGGGCUUUUUGCUGCGGCGCAAGAACUGGGAAGCCAUGCUCAGUCAAGGUGUGAAAGUCCUGUUGAAUCUUUCAGCCAGUGGACACAAGGGAGGGAAGCCAAAGCAGUCAGUCAGAGUGUUCAACAAACUGAUUGCAUCAGAAAUAUUUAUGGCUAUGAAAGAACGAUUAGAAGAAAAAGAAAGCGAAGUCAUGUCAUGGCUGUUACAGUCUCGUUUAUUUGAGAGUAGCAGUUGGGACUCCAACCAUCUUCAAGCAAUCAUCAACUGCGUCAUGAAGAAAAGGGAGUUUAAAGAAAAUGGCCGUCAGUAUAAAUUUUCCAAAUUUAUUUUGGCUGUUCAGGAUCAGGAGGGCUCAGAGGUGGCUGUCUCUGUGUUGCAGCAAUUGUUUGACUUAAAUCAAGACCCAUUUACUGCUCAGCUUAUCGCCAGGUUCUACAUUGAUGUCAAGAAUUGGCUAAAAGCACGGGAAUUUGCAGAUAUAGCAACUAGCAUGCUUCCCAGUAACUCAUUUCUGUGGGACACCUAUGGACAAGUAUUCAAGAGUCAGCUUGUGGACAAAAUUUCACAGGAAAAAGCUCUGGAUGGAGAUGGCUUUAAAGAUGCUGAGAUUCAUGAGUUGAUACAGUUGGCUCAAAAAUGCCUUCAUCAUUUUAAGGAGGAACAAUCAAAAAGUGAGAUAGAAGUAACAAAAUUAGGAGAAAUUAACUUUGCUGGCUAUUUUGGAGAACUUAGAGCAAUUUUGGUGCUGUUGAGUGCCUUACGCUUAUCGCCCUCUUUUCAAAGAGGUGACGAUCUUCAUCACUUCCUUGUGUUUCAAGAAUUCAACCCUCCACAUUUGAAUUUCAUUUGUGAGGAAGACAGACGCUUCUUAAAGAACUUGCAGCAAGGGGUAAAAGCAGCUAUGCGUCGCCUGGAUGAAGAACUUUUGCAAAUGAAGGGUAGUGUGAGCCUCAACUUUGCUGGACAAUCAUUUGACAUGAACAGGGACACACUGGUACACCUGAAGGUGAAUUUGGAUGAAUAUUUUGGAGAAUCUAAAGAUGCCAUACCAAAAGGAUUGAGAGGCAAAGAUAAAUGUGAAUACAGGUGGAGGAGAGCCAGGAACCUUGGUGGAACUUCUUUGAACCUUCAGUUGAGAACUGUGAGAAAUGGCAAGGAGGGUGAGCAAAACAUUUUAAAGGUCUAUGAACUUAUGUAUGAAAAUAUCCAAGAAUUGAAGACUCCUGAUUACCUGAGAACAAUCCUGGACAGCAUCACAACUUUGAUUGUGAGUAAAAUUUGUCUACGUGACCUGACAUAUGAAAAUAUUCUGACUUGGAGCCGCAAUUUGUAUGAUAUUGACAAAACUCUUUCUGUGAAGAAUGACCGUUCAUACCUGGAAAGUUAUCUCUACUUAGGUUUGUACCACUUUCCAACCGAAGAACGGCAAGUGUACAACCUCUGUCCUGUGUAUGAUCUGCAGAAGGCUUUCAGGAAAUGGCAAGAUGCCUUCAAGAAGAACUACCCAAAGCACAACCAAGAAGAAAUGGUGCGAAUGAGAAAAGAGACUACUCUAUUUUUUCUUGGAAAUGGACUUCCACCUCGGGACUUUGUCAACCAAGAGUCACUGAGCAUGAUGGACUGUUGCCACUCAAUAAGUGAAAAGUGGAAUCUUCUAGGAGUGAGAGAGAUUCUGCGACUCCUUAAAGGUGUGCUCAAAUAUGGUGGGGACAUUGUGAUAUAUACUGUAGUUACCAGAGAUGGCAACAAACUGCAGCUCGAAAUCCCAACUGCAUACAGAGUUCGUAAACAAGAUCUGUGGCAGAAAAAGGUCUACUUUUACCUGGGUUUCAGUUUUAAAGGUCCCAAAGCGUAUGGCAUGUCUGCAGAGGAGCUGGGAACCAAGCCUGAAGAGCCAGAAAGGGUCGAAAGUGCAGUUUUCAUGUCUUCCUCGAAGGGAGUACGGCAGACAGAAACUUUAGCCAAGCGCAUUGAUGCUGUGAGGUCAGCGAACGAGAAAGUCCGAGGAGGAAACGCACAGGGUCGACUGAAGGAAGCUCUAGAUAAACAGAAACAUGAUCUGAGCUCUUACAUGCAGGAAGUCCUUGGCCUGGAGGACUAGUCUGAGAACUGAUAGGAGCAAGAAAUUGGAGAUUGAAAACUUCAAGUACUUCCAACAAGUUUUCAUUUACUCCAUGUAAGUGGAGGAUACAAGUACUUCCUACAAGUUUUCAUUUACUGAAAUGUAUUUUCCUACAAAUUUUCUUUUACCCAGUGUGAAUGCAGGGUACAAACUACACUUUAUUUUUUAAUGUUUGGUCCUUGUGCUUUGAUAUUUUAUGUCAUUGUAAUUGAUCAUAGGUGUGCACUUUUUCUUUUGUACUUGUACACAAAGAUUGCUGUGUCAGGAUGUUUCUUAUUAAGCUUUAUGUUUUGGGUUUUUUCUCCUUUGAGCUAGAAACUUUAAUGUUGUGUGGAAAAGUUAAUCCUUGAGUCAUCGCAAGCAUAGUAAAAUAGAUAGCUAUUUGACUCAAUUCCCUCCUCCAUGAAUCGAGGGGUGCUCAAAAUAUUUUGCUAUUUCUUUAUGGAAUGACUUUGGAGUCCGAUGGUAGGCCUAUAUUGUGUAUUCAUUGCAGCAAACUUCUACUUCGUCAUUAUGAGGGAGGUGUUUGUUUGUUGGCUUUGUGUGUGUAAUUUGGAAUGUAUGCACUUUUAGAUAUUUACCUCAACAGUACCUCGACUGUUUACAGGAGCCUCUGGUCAUGUAAAGGAUGCAAAGAUUUUGUUUUAGUUGUCUUUUUGUGCCAUGAAUUCAGGUUGUAAGCAUUCAAGUGUCCUGAUCUUUUUUGGUAAAAGUUUGCCUUUUAGUGCAUUGGAAGAGUGUAGUAUUUCAAUUUAUGAUAUAAGAAGUGGGUUGAGGUUAGGUGGAAUUAUUGAUGAAGAAAGCAGAAUCUGAUUGGAUGAAGCAGUUUAACACAAAAUUACCACAGGAUUUCAUAACCCUGUAUUUGUUUUUCCUUUUUUUUUUAAAUUCUGUGCCCUGCAAUUUCCUUUAACAUGAAAUUUGCUUCAUGAAGAAAUACUUUGACCCUGAGGUGUUUGUAUUAGAAGGGCUGUAGUGUAGGCCUAUAUUUUGGUUCUGCCUGUCUUUGCCAGUCUUUGCCUUGUGCUAAGUUUUGCUUCCAUGGACAUUUUUGGCAAGGUUUCUGUUCUGAAAUUGCUUGUACCUGCUAUUGGUUGUUUUUUUAUCUUUGUUGUCUUAGAACUGAUUUCUUUUUUGUGAAUUGUACAUUAAUGCUCAUGUCUUCUUUUGUGUGUGUGUGUGGGGGGGGGGAGGGGGUUGUUUUUGGGGAUAUUUUUUUAAUUUUUUGCUUUGAUAUUUAAUUUAUGUUUAGUGAAAAGAUUGAAACGAUGGCUAGGAAACCCUGUGGUGAAAUGUCUCUUUUGUGAUACUUGUAUGCAUGUUAACUUGACUGUUUCUAAUAUUUCAAUAACUAACCUUGUUUUACUGACUCUCCAGUGAGAUAAUGUUUUACUACCACGAAGUACUGUCACUAUUACGUUGGUCUGGUCAUCUUCUUAACAUUGCAGCCAUAUAAGUGAUUAUGGUUAAGAUUUUUAAAUUUCCAGUCUUUAUAAUUUUUGCAAAAAAAUA